AUGCCGAAAGAUGAACAAGAGAUAUGGUUCCAUAGUUUUGCGCAACAAUUCAAUUGGGAGUCGGGACAUACCAAAAGGGUCCGACAGGCCUUCAAUGAGAAGGUCAUGGAGUCUUACAAAAACACGGUCUAUGAAUGGAAGGUGGCAUACACGAACAAGAAGACGGGUGAAAUUCAGGAUCCCGCAAUCAGAGAGGUCGUGGAGAUGGUGCAAACACAAAAGAAGCAUUUCUAG